CCCUGUGCCCCAAGGAUGUGCCCAUGUCCCCGUGGUGUCCUCGUGUCCCCGUGGUGUCCCCGUGUCCCCCCCCCCGGGGUGACCGAUGUCCCCGCGUCCCCAGGGCCCACCAAGAAGGAGAAGGCGGCCGACCCCGUGGAGUGGACGGUUCGGGACGUGGUCGACUACUUCACGGAAGCCGGCUUCCCCGAGCAGGCCACGGCCUUCCAGGAGCAGGAGAUCGACGGGAAGUCGCUGCUGCUGAUGCAGCGGGCGGACGUGCUGACGGGGCUCUCCAUCCGCCUGGGCCCCGCGCUCAAGAUCUACGAGUACCACGUGAAGCUGCUGCAGCGCAGCCACUUCGAGGAGGACGAGGGCCCCGAGGCCUUCCUCGGCUGACGCCACGGACUCUGGGGGGGGGGAACCCUCCUCUUCCUCCCCCCCCCCCCCCCCCCGCCUGGGCCUCCCGGCCUGGCCUCCCCGCCCUCCUCCCCAGCGGCACCGGGAGGGGGGCCAGGGGGUUUUAUCCCUUUUUUUUUUUUUUUUUUUUUUCCUUUUCUUUUUUUUUUUUUUUGGGGGGGGGGAUGGGAUGGUUUGGGGGUCGCUGCCUCCCCCCCCCCCCCCGGAGUUGUGUUUUAACCUGCCCCAGCCUGUGCCCCCCCCUGCUGCCCCUCUUCGCUGGGGUGUGCCCCCUUCUCGCCCUUCCCCCCUCCCCAGCCCUCCGUCUCCCCUGGGCCUGGCUUGUUUUGGGGUUUUUUAAAUAAAAGUGGAAAAAAAAGGAAAAAAGCAAA